CAAGUUUCGGUGCGUGGUUUUAAAACCUUUAAAACCUAAAUUUGAACAAUAACUGAACGCAACUUUUGUUCUAACUGUCCCCUCUGUCUACUAAAGUCACAAUGGCUACCAGUGGGAAGCGUGCCAUGAUGGAAGACGGAAGCGGCGGCCCGAUGUGGCCAAAAAAAGCUAAACCAGGCACUUCGAACUAUUACGGUAAAGGCAAAAAAGUGAGAAAACCUUCCGGUAGAACGGGCAGUCUGCAAGUUGGCCAGCGCGGUUUUAUGGUCACCUGUAACUACCAGGAACGGGACUGCCUUCGGGACAGCUACCGGCUGCUGAACGAGUAUGCGGAUGAACUGUACGGUAAGGUGGAGGGUGACGAUGCCGAAAAAGAGGCUGCCAACAGUGGAUCUGAUCACGAGGAGGAGCAGGAGGAAGAGGAUAUUUCCGAUCAGGUGGCCAAACAAGCAGAAGCGGCUCGCAAAGGGAAGCGACAGUUUCGAUUUCAAUCGGUGGAAACGGGAUUGAACAAUUGCUGCUUUAUUACAACUACUCUGGAGAACCCGCGGGAACUGGCACUGAAGAUUGUGUACGAUUUGGUGGAAACUAAGCAGCAGAAAAGCCGCAACAUUUUGCGUAUGUUGCCUAUCGAAGCCGUUACCAAAGCUAAUUUGAUGGAUAUUAUGAAUACGGCCGGUGCGCUGUUCGAUAAGUAUUUUUUGAAGGAACCGAAAAGUUUUGCCAUCAUCUUCAACCGGCGGUACAAUAACUCACUGGACCGGACGCGGGUAAUCAAUGAACUGGCUCGGAUUAUCGUUGGAAAGAAUCCGCGCAACAAAACGAACCUGAAACGGCCGGACCUGGCGGUCAUUGUCGAGGUUAUCAAGGGGAUGUGUAUGAUUAGCGUUGUGCCGCAUUACUACGAACUGAAGAAGUAUAACUUGGUGGAAAUAUUCAAUCAGAAGGCGGAGCUGAAUAAAGAUGCGGAGGACGAUGGACAGUCGAGCUGCGCUCGAUCAGAAACUGCGGGAGAGGAUGACGGAAAAGAAGCCGUAGCUGAAGAUGAGGAGUCAACCGAUUCACCGGCAAAAGAAGUGGAGGAAAGAGCUGAAACUAUUUUAAAAGAUUCCUAUUCCAAGAAUGAGGAACUUGAACAAAAGAUUAACUGGCCUGUUAAGUAAACUCAAUUCUUCCUUGCUUCAUUCGUGUAUUUGAUUCGACUCGACAAAUAAAAAAUGAUAUCGUAAAUAUU